CUUGUCUGCACUUACAAACUUGUAAUAUUUGACUUGCACGAUUUCUUUAUCUGACGUAUUUUCUAAAAUGUCCGAAUAUCUUUCACCUAUGGAUUGGGAGGCCUGGGGCCGUAAUUUUCAUGAAAGUGUAGCGUCCUUUAACGCUGAAUUUGAUAUCGUGGAUCAGAUUUUGCGGGAAGCAGGUGUGGUUCCUGAAGUAAGCGAGGGAUUUGUCGAUCCGGAUACACAGAAGGACCGAUACCUACCACGGUACGAGGCGAUCUCCCCGCCGCCGCCGGCCGAAGCGGAUCCUGAGCCCGUCCUGAUCCACGUACCCGAACCCAGCAAUGCCACCCAGUUUCAGCCGCCAUGCCAGCUCGUGCCAACGUUCGACCCAGUACCUCCGGCUCCCCCAUCCCAACUUACGCUCGGUGAGCAGGCAACGCUGCACGAGUUCCUUCAAGUUCGACCUAGCGGACCGGUAUCGAUGUAUGCCAAUGUGGAUACCGUGACUUUGACGCACAGCGGAGCGUUGACGGUUAACAUCUACCGUGAGAAUGGCGUCCCGCAGUUCGCGACCCUGCACACCUGUCGUGGGAAAGAGAAGGCCGGUUGUGCCACCACCAUGGGGGAGCUGCGUGCUGUACUGCGCUUUCUUCUCUCGGCUGAGUGCGACGCCCAGAUCCACCGCGCAUCGCCACCUGUCAAGAGGGGCGAACUCGUCGACCCAAUGUUUCGGAAAGGGUUCUCCCUCACCCUGCACGCCGCCUGGAUCUCCCUGAAAUCCGGCAAGCACUUCCAGCUGCGGAUUUCGCGCGUGGGCGACAAUCAUCGCAGCGUAGCCACGCCCAAGAUCAGCCAAACCACCCUGCAGCGCCUGCGAUGCAAGAACUGGUACGAGCUUCUCCCGCAGCUCUUCCCGGGCUUCUCCCAUGGGAUCAAACCGUUGCCGCAAGAGUUUUGGAAGGACUUCCGAGCAUACCUGGCUAUGGAAGCCGUCCAUGCUGCGCGCUCUAUGGACAUCACUGGACCGACGGAAGGGCAGUUGUCGGUGAUGCUGUCUAACCUGCAAGCGUCUAGUUUCUACAGUAUUUUGCUGGAGCUGAUGCCUGUCUAUUCUGAUUGUUCUUUUACAUGCUUUGCCAGUAUUGAUUACGUGCGUGAGCAGUGUCAGAUGUGGAACUUUACUGUUAACAAUUAUUUAUUGUAGCAUUGUGUAGCUUAGCCACUGCGUAGGCCAGCAACCGUUUGUGUACGUUAGCCACUAUCAGUAUUUCAUA